AUGAUACAGCUGCUGCAAUUGCUAGCGGAUUAUGAUGCGUUGCUAGAGCAAUUGAGUAAAUCAAUGCACGAUGGGUUUAAUAACAUAAGUCGAGCUAACUACCAUAACAAGGAUGCCCUCAGGGGUAAAUACGGCAAAGAUUAUUGGGAUGAUGGCUACGUGGGCCAGGUAAUGGCUGAGGUCAUGGUAUCUGGCAAGGUUGAUAUAGUAGCCAAGCCCAAGCCUGUCAAUGUACCUGCAGAAAAGGUUAAAGAUAAAGAAGCAGAGCAAUUAAGGAAUCGAAAACAAACCAAAAAGAUUGCAGAUGCCGAAAUUACUGAAGAGACUAAUAGAACUAGAGAUUAUGAUCCGAUACUUAUGUUUGGUGGCGGCCUCUCAACGCCGCAGACACUAAGGAAUGCUCAAUCUAAUUUUAAAGGUACACUACCCAUAAUUGUGAAACUCCUGAAUUGCAAAAAUAGUAUAAAUGCCAUAAUAAAUGAGAAUUGA